GCCCCAGACGGAGGCGGAGGAGGCGGACGGGAGAGCCGCCACCGCUCCUGCUCCGGGCGUCCUGGGCUCGCAGUGCCGCGCAGCUUCUCUGCGCAGAGUCCGGGAUGGCCGUCUUUAAGCAGCAGAAGGUGGACGACCUGUACGAAAUCGGGGAGGAGCUCGGCAGCGGGCAAUUCGCCAUCGUGAAGCGUUGCCGGGAGAAGGCCACAGGGCUGGACUACGCGGCCAAGUUCAUCAAGAAGCGGCAGAGCCGGCCCAGUCGCCGCGGGGUCCGGCGGGAGGAGAUUGAGCGGGAGGUGAAGAUCCUGCAGCCGAUUCUGCACAGCAACAUCAUCCAGCUGCACGAGGUGUAUGAGAACAAGACGGACGUGGUCCUCAUCCUGGAGCUAGUAUCCGGAGGGGAACUUUUUGAUUUCCUGGCCCAGAAGGAGUCGCUGAGUGAGGAGGAAGCCACACAGUUCAUUAAGCAGAUUCUGGACGGGGUCAACUACCUGCACGCGAAGAAGAUCGCCCACUUUGAUUUAAAGCCUGAGAAUAUUAUGCUGCUGGACAAGACCCUCCCCAUCCCUCACAUAAAACUGAUCGACUUUGGCCUGGCCCACGAAAUAGAAGACGGAGUGGAGUUUAAGAAUAUUUUUGGGACGCCAGAAUUCGUAGCUCCAGAAAUCGUAAACUACGAGCCGCUGGGACUGGCAGCUGAUCUGUGGAGCAUCGGAGUCAUCACUUAUAUAUUGCUGAGUGGUGCUUCUCCGUUCCUGGGGGAGACCAAGCAGGAGACGUUGGCCAACAUCACCGCCGUCAGCUAUGAAUUUGAUGAAGAAUUCUUCAGCCAUACCAGCGACCUGGCAAAAGACUUCAUCCGGAAACUUCUGGUGAAAGAUACGCGGAAACGGCUCACAAUCCAGGAAGCACUCAAGCACCCCUGGAUCAGGUCCAAAGAAGGCUCCAAAGUCCAAGGCCACAGGAGGACCGAGCACAGGCCGCUGAAGACCAAGUGGCUGAGAGAUUACACCAUCAAAAGCCACUCCAGCAUUCCUCCAAACAACACCUAUGCCACCUUCGAACGCUUUGCCCGCCUGGUGGAGGACAUCUCUGGCAUGGAGAAGAGCUUCGGCACCCUGGCCGCCUCCCACGACUCCUUGCAGGGGGAUCUCGACACGCUGGUCUCCAUCUACGACGAGAAGGAAGCUUGGUACAAGGAGGAGCACGAAAGCGUGAAGCACGAGCUUUCCCAGCUGAAGUACGAAUACCGCAAGAUCGACUCCCUGAAGAAGCACCUGAAGGAGGACGUCCAGGUGGUGGGCACCAACCUCACUGGGGUGGCGGGGAGGUACAGGGGCCUGCAGUCGCACUACGAACGGCUGAGCAAGGAGCUGUCGGAAGAACUCCGGUGGAUCCAAGACUUGACGGGCAGCUUCUGCUCUGAGGGCAGCAACGAGGGCUACGCGCCGGCCAGCUUCGGCUGCGUCUUCCAGAAGGACCUCAACGAGCUGCUGAACAGGUCCUGCUACGAAGAAUUCCUGGCGGCCUUAAACCUGGGCAUGACAAAAUCCAGCCAGUGAUGCUGCUGAAAAGAGAGAGAUUUCUGCUGCUGCUGCUGCUGCUUCGGUCCAAAUCGGUGAGGAAUUGCCUGGACGGGAGCCUGCCCCAUUCAGGAGGCCUGCGUGUUGAACUCACACGAUUGGGUUUAUUUUUGAACAAUGUUAUUUGACAGGCCCUUGUUACCACCGCAUUUUUACAUAUUUUUGUCCCUGUGAAAAUACGUCCCAGUGGAGAUGCCUUCGGUUCUGGAUGCUGUGGUUGGGUCCCAAUGAAUUUCUAAUGAGGCUUUGCCUGUUUUUUUUUCAAAGCUGGCCCUAUUUUUAUCCUUAGGAAGAUGUCCCGGGCUUACCUUCACCUCUCCAGGCCUCCUCAAGACUUGACUGCAGUUCAGCAUCCUUAAAAGCUUAUUUAUUUAUUGCUGAGUUGACGUUGUAAAUAGGCAUUGAUUUCCUCUUCUUUUGAAAUUCCGUAUGAAACUAUUUUUAAUAAUGGAGCCAGAUGCGAAGUCGCUUGGGCUCUGCAAAGCUCUCUCUCUGCAGGCUCUCUAGCCGAACGCCAAUCUGGCAAAUACCUUGGAGAAUAAAUGGAGGAUUCCGAAUGGAGCUGCUCCCAUCCCUGUCCCCCCCACAUGGGCUGCUGCGGAAGGCAGGACCCUCAGCCUGGACUUUCAUCUCCCCCCAAACCAACCAACAGGGAAGACAUCGGAUCUCUCUGCAAAGGGAGAACUGAUUUCUGUAUUCGGAUAAUUGGGAAAGGAAAGAGGCAGCGAGACGCGAGGAGCACCCCCUGGAUGGCUGUUCUGCUCGCCUCCUUCAGGGAGCUUCCAUUCUGCCGACUCUGCUCCUCGUCUCAGAGAAGGAGACUCAAUAAAUAUUUGUUAUUUGUGCAAUGUGCUUUCUGGGCAGAGCUUGUGUUCAGAGGCCCCGCCUUCCUCACGCAGAGAUUCCUUCCCCUCUCGGCUCGGCUGCAAUGGACACUCAAGGUUCAAAAGAUGCUCCAUGAAGGGGGUGAAAAGGGAGGGGACUGUUAG